AUCUUCGCGACCUGGUAUGACUAUUGACCAAGGGUCCAAUCUAUAUUUGGGGAGCACAGAAACUGUGCAAGAUAGAGAGACAAUGAAGUUUCGUCCGGCCGGGUCCCCAGCGGGGGCAUGGCACCACAUGCCAUGGUAUGUAUGCACUUUCUAUGACCCCUAUGAGCGCAUUAACGUAUGGUCGCACGGACUGCCGGCGCUGGCCUUCGUAAUACUUGGUGCAAUGGCGAAGGCUGGAAUUGUUCCCGGAGGUCUGGCGCUUUCUGCCUUCUGCUUCUGUGCGGCGAUGACACAUGGCUCUUCAGCGCUUACACACGUAUGGCCGGACGACCAUUUACUGGAGAAGAUUGACCACCUGUGCAUUCCCUUCCUGAUCAUCGGCACGCCGCUUACAGCUGUCAUGGCUCUCCGUCCUUCCGGGCCCUACCACGUCAUGAUCGCUAUGGCGAUUGUCUCGGCUGCCGCCGCCUUCCUGCGGCCCCUGUACCGCACGCUGGCUUUCGUGGCCUCGGGCUCCGUACUGUUCGGAUACUACUUUUUCAUCGUGAAUUGGAACUUGUUAGCGCAGGUGGUGCUGCAGGUGGCGGGCGGGGUCUUCUUCCUCAGGAAUGGCGGCCACUCGCGACCCGUGGGUCUGCAGGACCACCACAUGCUGCACUACUGCGUGACGUCCGCUUGCAUCCUGCAUGUCAUUUACAUCAUGCGGGCUGCACAGCUGGGCGAUAAGCUCAAGCUGCUGUGAGGAGGUCUUGCUGCUAUGCUGGAGGGCGAGCGCAAGUAGCUGCGCAGGCUAACGACGUAACCAACAUACGCGGGUUCGUGUGUGGGGGGUUUCGGCCAGUGGCCAGUACUCUGCUGAUAGAAGGAUGCUGACGGAAGGAUGCUGGGCCAGGUAGCGCUGGGGCGCAGGGCAAGACGGGGCGAGCGUAGUGGUCAGGGUGUCUUGAGUGGUCAGCGUGGCUAGUUGAGCACGUGCGAGCGAUGCAGGAGGCGUGACCCAUGGGGCACUGGGAGGUGACCAGGCGGGUAGACGUGCCGCAGGGUGUCCGUACAGAGCGUGUUCCGUGCGUUGAAGACAUAGCCGGAGGUAGGUGUGCUUGCCAAGGCAGAACGUAUGUGGGCGGGAACCCAUAACUUGGGACUGUGUGUGUGCGUGUCGGCACCUUUUCAUGUACAUUCCAUUGAAGUCUGCACGCUGCCUCUAACCCUCCGGCAUUAGGACGAAAAGGAGCGCGGCUUGUGGGCAGUAGGCCCCUCAUGGCUAGGGAGGCCUGCUGUCUGGAGGGUAACUAGCCCCACUACAUUCAGCCGUUUACGCGUUUCAUAAGCGGUAAUGCUGCCUGGGGUGUCUUCUUUUGUGACUUGACGUAGCCCCUGGGAACAGCUGCGCCUUCUUUGAGGCUAUUGUGCGGUGCAGUGGGUCAUACGUUUGGGGUUUGGGGGCGUGACAUGUGCUGCAGCUGCUAGCAGGAUGGCAGUGGCAUGGCGUUGUUUGCUCAAGGCUUCACGUCCUUCGGGCCUGGAGGCGUAUGGUGACGAUGGUUUUCUAUUUCGGUUUCUAUUUCGGUUUCCCCGCGGGUAGCUGCACUCAACACAGACGAAUGAAACACGGGGGAACAUUACGGUACACUGAGAACUGUAUCGGGCUGGUGCGCGCGUGCCGGCGGGUGUGGGAUGUAGUGCACUACCGGCUUCACCCCAGAUGAACUGAUUGUUUGGUAGCGCGUAACAAGGCAGUGGGUCACAUGCCUUGGUUUUCCGUGGCAUGUUAUGCAGGGUACUGAUGUAAGGGUCUUUUGUCAUGUGGGUCAGGGUAUAUAUUGCAUAUAGACGUUCUUGGUUUAAGAAGUUCGUGGAGAUGGCACAGCCUGUGUGCGGGUUUAGCCUAGGGUUUGAUAAAGGUUGCAAAUGUUGCUCCCACCUGCAAUCCUGCAUGAGCACGAAAUGGCUGUCAGAUUAACCCUUGCUCCUGUGUUUUGGUUUUGCGGGUCGAUAACUAGUCGCGCGCUACUCGACUGCAUGCACAGUGCUCGUGGUGGGUGUAACGCCGGAAGUAAUGGCGCAAGGAUCACUCGGACUCUGCUAUGUUAACACGUUACUACGA